AUGGACCUGUUUUCAGGACGCUUCUGCGUCACUACUGCAUCUCUCUGGGUGCAGGGCCUCUGUGGUGCUCCUGAUGCGCCCCAUGCCGUCAACGUGUCGCUUUCAAGCACAGGAGGCAGCGGCGUGGGGUCUUUAAAAGCGCCCCCUGUGGACAAUGGCCACUUUCAGAAAGAAGAGCUGAGGUCAAGCGAGGAUGCAGUGCUGCUGACAUUCUCGUACCGUUUGGCUCAAAACACAGACGUGCAGUGGGAGGCUGUGCUGUGGCAGGACAAGCUUCAUGUGCAACUGCCACCGGUGAUGCCAGAGGGGUCCCGUCAGGCCUUUGUAGCGCUCCUCGAGUUUGCUGAAGAACAACUGUCCUGCCAGCACGUUAUCGUCUUUUUCACCAAGGACCGCCCAGACAGAGCCAGCCUGGUCCGAACGUUCAUGUUCCUGGGCCUGGUGAUGCUCUCCCCGGGCCACCCAUUGGUGCCUCCAAACUCGUCUGAGAAUCACCUGUACAUGGCCUACUCGGUCGAGUAGUCGUCAGCACUGCGUCCUUCCUCUCGUCCGCCACGUUAACUAGAGUUCCAGGCAGAGAGCAGAUAUGUACCCGUUGAUUUUGUCCCACAUUUACGUGAGCCAGCCCCAAAUAUGCGUGUUUUUUCAUUUCCUCUCGGCCAGUUUUGUGUUUCCCCUCCCUUAUGUGGGACCAAUGUCUUUAGUUCCCCAGUCUAAUUGUAAUGGCCCGUAGAAAAACCUCUCUGCCUGGAACCCUUUGCUUCCUCCUGGCACUUGUAGCUGGACACACGCUUAUAUGUAAAACAAACUUUUUAAAAAAUGUAAAAAAAAUUAAAAAGUGCUCUAAAAAGGCAA